GGGAGACUGAGUUAACAAGAGUCUGUCUGUCUACCUCCAGUCAGAGUGAGCAACCAUGAGAGUCAGCUGCCUUCUACUGCUCUCCAUGCCUGUACUUCUGCUAGCCCAGAGACCUACGCAAGAAUAUGAACCAUUUCCAUUUGAUGAUUAUGGCACAGACUAUAAUUUUCCUGAGGUGAGCUCACCUCCUCAGCAACAGAUUCUGCAAGGACCUGAAGAGACUAUCAAACAAUCUGGCUUGGAGAUGACCGAACCCACUGAGCCUGGCCCACUGGAUUGUCGGGAGGAGCAGUAUCCCUGUACCAGACUUUACUCUGUCCACCAGCCGUGUAAGCAGUGUCUGAACAGUAUCUGUUUCUACAGUUUGCGCAGGGUCUAUGUGAUUAACAAGGAGAUAUGUGUGAGAACUGUGUGUGCCCACGAGGAACUGCUGAGAGCUGACUUGUGCCGUGACCAGUUCUCGCGAUGCGGAGUGGCCGCGCUGACCGGCCAGUGCGGGUUGCUUGGCAGCAGCUGUGGGAAGAGCUGUGGAUCCUGUUGAAAUUUGAUUGGCCCACAGUGAAAGAACAGCCCACAUACUGCCUAA